ACUGUUAAAGGAGUUGAUAUAAGGAGUGUAAGGAGACUUUACACACAUAACAUAAAGUGAGAGAAAAUGACCACAAAUAAGAUUUACAAUAUGAUUAAGCCCAAGCUUGUCAUUUUCUUCUUGUUCUUAUUUGUGAAAGGAUCCUUUACCCAGCUGAACGUAUGCGGUGUAGCACCUUUAAACAAUCGUAUCGUUGGCGGCCAAAGCACCACCCCUGGUGCAUGGCCAUGGCAGGUCAGUUUGCAUAGCAUUUCCUUUGGCAGCCAUUUUUGUGGAGGAUCCCUGAUCAACAAGCAGUGGGUCAUAACCGCAGCACACUGCUUCGGAAGCAUCAGUGAUCCCCUUGACCUGGUGGUGUACAUGGGCAAACAGACUCAGGAUGGCUCCAAUCCCAAUGAGGUUGCCAGAGGUGUUACCAAGAUCAUCAAACACCCCAGCUACGACCCAUCAACCAACGACAACGACAUCACUCUGCUGCGUUUGAAUCAGUCAGUCGCCUUCACAAAAUACAUCAAACCAGUGUGUCUGGCAGGUAAAGGCAGCAGCUUCGCGACUGGAACUAGAUGCUGGGUCACAGGAUGGGGAGACAUUGCUUCUGGAGUGUGGCUGCCUUCUCCCAGUGUGCUGCAGGAGGUAGCAGUGCCCAUUGUUUCUUCAAGCAUGUGCAACAAACUACUGCAGCCUUCCCAGGGACCUGGAUCCAUCACCAAAAACAUGAUUUGUGCUGGACUUCUGGAAGGUGGAAAAGACACCUGCCAGGGUGAUUCUGGAGGUCCGAUGGUGACUAAGAUGGGUUCAACAUGGAUUCAGGCUGGUAUCACUAGCUGGGGGGUGGGUUGUGGUCUGCCUCAUUUGCCAGGUGUGUACACAAAGGUGUCACAGUACCAGCCCUGGAUUACCAGCAUCAUCAAAACUAACCUGCCUGGAUUUGUCAUGUUUCCCAGUGUAGGAUAGAACCAGGUCGAGUCAAGGACAGUGGUUCUGCCCAAAGCACACACGCAUGCAUAUUAUAUUACAGAUUUUAUUCACCUAUCAGAUUGCUUAGUAGAUACGUUACUAAAUUAGCUUUACUCAGUUAUUAGAUUAUGUACUACAUUUAUUAAUAGGUAUUUUAUUUUCAUUUUCUUUACAGAUUAAAAGACACUUAGCAUUGAGAGCCCCAUGGUUGUUUCAUUAUUUCUGUCAUCAUCAUUUGUGCAAGUGUUCAAGCUAAAAAAUGCAUUGUAAAAUGUAAACAAGAUUAUAUGUGUGUGGGUGUGUUCAUCCACCUUCUGUAAAAUUGCUUUUGCAUUGUUAUGGUAAUGGAAUGUUAAAGGGAAAGGUCCAUUUAAAAGCAUACUCAAAUAGAACUAAACAAAACUCAAUAGAAUUAAUAGAACAUGUUCAGUCUACUCAAGCAUAUAUACAGUCGGUGGACUUGUCUCAUUAGACCACAGACACUAGCUGUUGAACUCUGGAUUCUGAUUGGUCAGAAGGUUGAUUAAUUUAUGCAUCUUGUAUUAAAAUAACUAUAAUCUGGAUAGUAUUAGCGGUGUAACAGUUGAGCAAAUUAUAUCUCUGUUUCAACGAUGACUGAAAUUAAUUAUUGGAAUAUAAUGAAAUAGGUUAGUGAGGUCAUUUCCCUGUACCUCCAAAACCCUCCUUCUCCACAUCAUCACUAUUCACAGGUUAACAGUUAGCCCUAACACUACCCCAGAUAAUACACUAAUCUGCUGAUGUAUUGGUCAGAAGCUACUGAAACAAACAAAACACUGAAAAUAGAUAGAUGACUAUCUCAAGGAUGACAGAGGAGCAACAGGUUCUCCUGGUUAAGUGAAACUGGAUGUUUUUUGUUUGAGUGUUAAAGCACCAUGCGGCACAACAUGACAACGAAGGACAACAGAAUGAUUUACAGUCUCAUAAUACAUUUCUGGACCAUUCCAGGAACCCAGCCGAAGAGAAAUACAGGAAGGUGGGGAUUAUGUCAGACUUAAAGGAAAUGUUAGGUGCAUUAUUAGACCUAAUGAGUCUACAGAUGUUAAAUAUAAACACUGGGUUAAUGCACUGAAUAAAUGAAAGUAUUCACAGCCAUUGCAUUUUGAAUCUCUUUUACUUAUACCCCUG